GAAAAAAUACUUAAUAAAAUAUUAUAUUUACCCUUACACGCGUACCCAUACUGAUGGCUUAUACAAGUCAACUUUAGCACACGACGUUCACAAUCGUAACAAGAGCCAUGACUUUAGAAACCUAAAUCCGUCAUGAAUGCAUCACCAGUUACUCCAACCUCUCCGUCUCUGCGCCAGUCGCCGCCUUACAUCUCACGGCAAGACUCUCCAUGCCAACAUCCUAAAGCUCGGCCUCGACCACUAUGGAGCCCUUCCCAAUACACUCAUUUCAAUGUACGGCAAAUGCGGCCUCAUCAAAGACGCCGUCCAACUGUUCGACGAAAUGCCUCAACGAGACGUAGUUUCAUGGGCUUCUAUUCUCACAGCUUACAACCAAUCAAACCUCCCUAGCCGUGCUCUCUCCCUCUUCCCCUUCAUGUUCACUCGAGAUUUCUUGCAACCCGAUCACUUCGUUUUCGCUAGCUUACUGAAUUCCUGUGCUGCCUUAAACGCGCUACGAAUCGGACAACAAUUGCACGCCCAAUUCAUGUUAUCCCCAUUCUCAUCUGACGAUGUUGUCAAAUCCUCCUUAGUUGACAUGUAUGCAAAAUGUGGAUCGGUGGACACUGCACGUUCUGUUUUCGAUUCAAUUUCUUCAAAAAAUCCGAUCUCUUGGACUACUCUGAUUUCCGGGUAUGCUCGGAGUGGAAGAAAAUCAGAAGCUGUUGACCUUCUUCGAGACAUGAAGGAAUCAGAUCUUUUCUCAUGGACUGCUUUAGUCUCUGGAUUAAUACAAAGUGGUCACCUAAUCAGCGCCUUUCAUCUCUUCAUCGAAAUGAGAAAAGAAGGAAUCAAAAUCAUCGACCCCUUUAUUCUCUCCACCAUCAUCGUAGCUUCUGCUAAUCUUUCAUCACUCGAACUCGGUAAACAGGUUCAUUCUUUAGUUCUCAAACUCGGUUUUCAAUCCAGUUUAUACAUCAGUAAUUCCCUCAUCGACAUGUAUGCAAAAUGUAGCGAUAUAAUCGCAGCCAAAACUACCUUUCAUGGUAUUCUUACAAAAGAUGUAGUCUCAUGGACUUCAAUAAUCGUGGGGUUAGCUCAACAUGGAAGAGCUCAAGAAGCAUUAUCGCUAUACGAUGACAUGGUGUCCACUGGAAUCAAACCAAACGAGGUAACAUUUAUUGGCUUGAUCUAUGCUUGUAGCCAUGUAGGUUUAGUUUCCAAAGGUCGUGAUCUUUUCAAAUCGAUGGUUGAGUGUUACAAAUUAAACCCUAAUCUUCAUCACUACACAUGUUUACUAGAUCUAUAUAGUCGAUCAGGGCAUCUAGAUGAGGCUGAGAAUUUACUUAACUCCAUGCCUUUUGAAAUCGAUGAGGCUGUUUGGGCUUCUUUUUUGAGUUGUUGUAAGCGAUUUGGGAAUACCCAAUUGGGAAUUAGGGUUGCUGAUCGUGUAAUGGAGUUAGGUGUUAAAGAUCCUUCAACUUUCAUAGUGUUAUCUAAUGUUUAUGCGGGUGCUUUUAUGUGGGAAAAAGUAGCAAAAGUUAGGAAGAUGAUGGUGUCCAUGGAUGUAAAGAAAGAACCUGGUUAUAGUUGUGUUGAUUUAGGUAAAGAAAGUGAGGUUUUUUAUGCGGGUGAGACGUGUCAUGUAAUGAAAGAUGAGAUUUUGGUUUUGCUUAAAGAUUUAGAUGAGGAAAUGAGGAGAAGAGGAUAUGUUCCUGAUGUUAGUUUUGUGUUAUCUGGUUUGGGGUUUAAAGAGUAGGAAGAACUUUUUUUUUUUUUUUUUUUUUUUUGCAUAGUGAGAGGCAAUGUGUUGCUUAAGGGUGUUAAAGUGUUGCUUGUAAACAGUUUUUGAAUGAAGUUUUUUCUUAGUAUUUAGAUUAUGUAAUUAUUUAUGGUUAAAUAUGAUUAUAAAAAUAUAUGAGGAUAUUUAUUUAUAUAUUAUUUGAUACAAACAUUUGUAAGAUUAGAUGAUUUGUCUGAUUUAACCUGGUUAUCUAUUUUUUUUUCACAUAUGGCCAUUAAAAUGAUAUAAAUUUUAAAACUAAAUAUGAGUUC